CGUCAUGCAAAACUCAAAACCUCACCCUGACGAGCGAACCAGCAUAGGGAGAGGCACAGCCAGAUUGGAGCAGCAGAGGAUAACUGUUGACAGUGGACACAGUGCAGGAUGCGUGAAUACAAGUUAGUAGUCCUUGGCUCAGGAGGCGUGGGCAAGUCUGCUUUGACGGUGCAGUUCGUUCAAGGCAUCUUCGUGGAGAAGUAUGACCCCACAAUAGAAGACUCGUACAGAAAGCAAGUGGAGGUGGAUGGGCAGCAGUGCAUGCUCGAGAUCCUGGACACUGCAGGGACGGAACAAUUCACAGCCAUGAGGGAUCUGUACAUGAAGAAUGGGCAGGGCUUUGCGCUAGUAUACUCCAUAACAGCACAGUCUACGUUCAACGACCUGCAGGACCUCAGAGAACAGAUCUUACGAGUCAAAGACACCGACGAUGUGCCGAUGAUCUUGGUGGGGAACAAGUGUGACCUGGAGGACGAGCGCGUGGUGGGGAAGGAGCAGGGACAGAACCUGGCCCGCCAGUGGAACAGCUGCGCCUUCCUCGAGUCCUCCGCCAAGUCCAAGAUUAACGUCAACGAGAUCUUCUAUGACCUGGUUCGGCAAAUCAACAGGAAAACCCCAGUGCCCGGGAAGGCGCGCAAAAAGUCCAACUGCCAGUUGCUCUAAUACACAGCUGUCCCGCCGCUCUGAGCCAGGUCUGAUUUGCUGCUGUCUAGCAGUGCCAGCAUUCCGACGUUACUAAAAAAAGCCCCUAACAUCUGAUGGACUCUCCAGUGUGCCGAUGCCCCUUUAACCAACCAACCAACCAAGAACCAACCAAGAACCAACAACGCAACGGACUCAAAACUACAGAUCCAUGUCAGUUUUUGCACAUAGACAAACACCAUCCCUUUCCAGUAUCGCGCGAGAGAUUUUUACUUAUAAAUAUAUAUAUUCUAACUGUAUGCAACUGAAAUGAGGAAAACAAAACAAUUAUGUGGAUACCUAAAUAAGUCAUGAAAUAGGUUAAUUAAAAAAAUGAAUUCAAACAAUCGAGAUCCAACAACAGUGUUACUGCUCAAUACAGACAAGCCGUUGCCUAUGAUUUAAGAGAACGCAAACGGUGUCUUAACCAGACUCUGCACGUUGCCAUGGCAAGUACAAUGAUGCGAUAGAUCUGAGCACCACUAUUUUAGCCAGAAAAGAGAAUAAGUCCAAAGAGCGCCUAUAUAGCCCAUGUCAUACCGCAAUCUUUGCUCCUUUGGUUUCUUUUUGUAACUUUUUUUGCUGUUGUUUUUUUGUUCCUCAACAUUAUUUUUUUCCUCUUUCUUUCAUUUUGUUAUUUUUUUUAUGUUAUUAGAUUUUGCCUACCAAGAUGCUAUGUUGCAACACCUAUCAAUAUGAGUUUUAUCUUUAAAAAAAAAAAACCUGUGGAUACAACAGUGAUAUAUGUGUAAAAAGUAUAAAAAAUAUAAUAUGAUUUUUUUUUCUGUCACUAUCAUAUUGUCUCUAGCCUAAAGAUGUUGCCUUCAGAUAUGUGUUUUUUUCUUUCUUUCUGAUGAAUCCAACUAAAUAGAAGAAAAAAAAUGAAUCCAUCUUUUACUUCAUGCCUGGGUUUCUUUGUCGUGUUUACGAAGAUGUUUGUACAGUGGGGUUUUUUUCCAAAAGGGAUCGGUCUCUGGGGACUUGGCAUUUCAAUGCAAACAGAGCCAAACAGGGCCUGCCUGCCACAGGCUCUGAUGUCAUCGCAUGGUCCUUCCAGGGCGAGCUCUCAUUGGCUGUUGCAAAAAAAUGGUCCAUUUCCCCCUAGUCUUGGACUCCCACAUCUACAACAGGAAGUAUAUAUUUUAAAACAAGGGUUUUUAAUAGUAAAUGAAAAAAAGAACAAAAUGUCAUCAUGUGACAUCAUUUCCCUUACUUCUGUUGCUAGAUUCUCACUGUACCCCCUCCCCACCCCCCCACCCAUUUGCCUGCUAAUGCAGCUCUUGUAAACUAGGAUAUGAAAACCAAAUACUGGAUCCUGUCAGUAAAGAAAAAAAAACAACUUGCCUGUUAGUGACUGUUUUCACCCUGUGUAAUAUUUGGUUUGACCAGUUUUCCUGUUGGCUGAGUUUCUGUGUGGGGUUAUGUAGUGAUGGUGGGGGAGGGAAUGGGGGAGAACAUGUGUUUUCAGGGCACUGAGGGGGAAUAAAAGAAAUAAAAAAAGAAAAGAAAAAAUAAACUAUCAUGGAGUAAUCAAACUCGUAGGGAAUUGAAGAGAGGACUGCGUCAUCUCAACUCUCCUCUCCUCUCUGUCCUGUUAAAACAAACAUGCUUUUGUUGCUUUGUGUGCAUUAACAAAGGAAAAAAAGAAGAAAAA